GUGUCCAUAUUUCAGAAAGCAUCACUGGCAACAAGCGAUAUGCUUGUAGACAAGUGUCAGAUGGAAGAAAAUGCCAGUAUUCGCAGUCCCACUUAUAUCUAGUUUGCACGUAAUCGGCAAAUAAUUUACUAGGACCGGAUGAAUUUACAGCGCAACGAUGACAUCAUCAAGUUAAGAUCUCGUAAAACAAUAUUUUAGUAUCUUGUCCUGUUGCCAAAUAUUUGUACAAUGGUCGUAAGUUGUCAUGUGUUGCUUGGAGUCACAUGUAUUGAGAAAUCUUCUGAAUAUCGUAUGACUAAUGCUUGCCUUAGCUUUUAUUAAGCUGUCAUGAACACCAUAUGUUCAAAACAGAAAAUGAGAAGACUUUAGUAAUUGCUGAAGUAAUGUUUUUAUUGAGGUGUUAAUGACAAAGGGGCAUAUUGAAAACCAAGAAAAAAAACACUAAAAAAACAAAAUGUCACUUGAUGAGUUUGAUAGAGUGAAAGUUGUUGGAAAAGGAAGCUAUGGAGAGGUGUGGCUGGUUCGUCACAGGAAAGACCGAAAACAGUAUGUGUUAAAGAAAAUGAACUUGUCACGGGCGUCCAAAAGAGAGAGGACGUCUGCCGAACAAGAAGCUAAGCUUCUGUCCAAACUGAAACACCCAAAUAUUGUGUCGUAUAAGGAUUCGUUCGAAACACGAGAAGGAUAUUUGUACAUUGCUAUGCAAUACUGUGAGGGAGGUGAUCUCUAUACAAAACUUAAAGAACAGAAAAGUGUGCUUCUUGAAGAAAGACAAGUGGUGGAGUGGUUUGUACAGAUAGCCAUGGCAAUGCAGUAUAUGCAUGAAAGGAAUAUACUACACAGAGAUCUGAAGACACAGAAUAUAUUCUUAACCAAGAGUAAAAUAAUCAAAGUAGGAGAUCUUGGAAUAGCAAGAGUGCUAGAUAGUUCGAAUGAUAUGGCAACAACGCUGAUAGGGACCCCCUACUAUAUGAGCCCCGAGCUGUUCUCCAAUAAACCGUACAACCACAAGUCUGACGUGUGGGCCCUGGGUUGCUGUGUGUACGAGAUGGCCACUCUAAAACAUGCCUUCAAUGCCAAAGACAUGAACUCACUGGUGUAUAAGAUCCUUCGGGGCAAGAUGCCGGCUAUCCAGUACUGCACCGAGCUCCGUGUCGUUAUAAUGAUGCUGCACCAGGAUCCAGAGAUAUUACAGGAUAUUCCCUACAUAGAAGAUACAAUAUUUCUAGAAGAAGAAUUAACCCUUGGAAAGCUGCUUAAACAAAAGGUCAUCCUGACUUAUGAUUCCAUCUGCAGUAGUCGGCCCUCCCUCCAUUCAAGACCUCCGUCUGCCUCCAGUACUAGACCAAACUCUGCCUCCUCCAGUCGACCCGUCAUCUGCCGAAGUCCGUGUCAGCCGUUGCCACCUUCCAAUAGUAGUCGACCGUCACUUGUGUCGCGGGAUGCUAACAGCAAACCACCUGUGGCAAUCAGAGACAACAUUGACAGCAGGCCUACCCCUGCUGGAAGGGACUACAUCGACAGCAGACCACCUCCACCUCAACCUGCGGAGAGGGACAAUGUCGAAGGUAGACUACCUCCUGCAGCAAGGGACAUCGAAAGUAGACCACCUGUCAGUAUACCAGUGGAAGAUGACAGAGGUGCUGGUGAUGCUCCGGUUGUAUUGGAAAGGAAAUCAAGUCACAGUCGUAAACCCUCUGACGCAGGUCGUCCUGACCUCGAGCCCAUCCAUGAGAAACAUGAGGUACCAAGCAUGCAUUCGUCAUCGGGAUCAUCGGAGUCACAUGACACAGUCAUACCUCAAACAGUCAAACAGCCAAAAAAGUCUCCAAAGAAAGAAAAGGCAAAGAAGGAAAGCUACUUGCGAAGGAAAGUAGACAGUGCUAACAAGUUAUCAGGAGAGUCGAAGCCAGAGAGAUCCGAGUCUACAGCCAGUGUCAGAUCAGUGGCCAGUAACCAUAGCGACAGCAGCAGGAGCAGUCGCCACGGGCCACUGCCAGUGCCAAAGGUGGAGGAGAGCUCAGGGCUUCCCCAGAAGAGGGAGGACUUGAGACGGAAGGAGGACAAGUCCUCAAGCUCGUCCUCCAAGUCCUCCAGUGUAUCCAGCUCCAAGGAGGACAAUGCCAAUAUAGGAGAUCUUGAAACUCCCAGGAGUUUACCCAACUUAUCAGCUCGUGAGAGAAGAAGACAAAAGAACCCAGCAGCUGUUUCUCUAGAGCAACCAAAGUCAGCAAGGAUCCGAUUGGUUGAGAGAAGGUCAUCUGACAGGGUUACUAAGUCAGAAAAGAGGAAGGAGGUCCCAGUGAGGUCGAGGCCUCUCCCAAAGAAGCCGCCCCGCCAGCCAUCUAUUGAUGCAGAGUCCAGCAGCUCCUCGGAAGAGUUGACCCGGUCCAUAGAAAGUGACACCAAGGAUAAGGAGAAGCGAAGGGAAAACAAAGAGAUGUCUAACUUCAUCUCCCUCCUCGACACCACGCUCAAGAUGAACAAGCAAGAGGACAAGUCUGAUGAUGACAGCAGCGACAUUCCCUCUCCCAGCAAAGUCAACGGCAACAACCACCCCGAACCUGAACCUGUGCAGCCAGAACCAGAAGAACCUGUGCACAAAUCAUCAUCGAUGCCUAGUGUUGAAACACUCACAAGUACAAACAGAUUGAUGGAAAGAAUACGUCUUUUACAAAAGGAUUGUGUAAUCGGUGUUGGCUACGACAUGCUGAAGAAAGCAUACAAGAUACUGGAACGUAUUGAAGAUGAUGAAGUAGAGCCCCGCCUUGUGGAGUUGUUGGGGAAGGAGAAAUUUGACCUAUAUGCUGGCAAGAUCUGGCAGCUCAAGUUCUGUGAAGAGUCCCUCUUCUCAUAGCACCUACUGGCAGAACUGUUCUACUAAAUAAUAACCAGAGAUGAUCCACACAGAACCAGCCCUCUAAGAUGUUCUACGUGGAACAAAAAGAGGAGAUAUUUUCCAAAACACCGUCCUACCUGUUGUCAAGCCAUCACCUCAAGCUCGGACCUGCAGCAUUCAGACCACAGGUCAUCUACAGAGAUCAGUUUCAUCAGGUCAACAAUAUGCUCAUUGACUGACAGUAUUGCACAGGUGCAGCAAUGUGGAGUUAUUGGGACGUGCUCCUGUGUUUUGACAACUUUAUACAGUUCACUAUCCACAAGACCAGUCACCACAGCUGGGACUCUCUAUGUGACCUGUCCUCAAACAAGGGCAAUUUUAAACAUAUCGACAUGUUCUGACAUGUGUAUAUCAAGUACAUCUCCUGUGAACCAGGUUGUGAUAUUCUGUAGUAUAGAUACAUACACCAGUAUAAUCAAGAAUGUUUCUUUCAUAAAGUAUGCAACCCACAUGUGAUACUGUUGAACAUAUGUGACCUUCUUAUUCUAAUUUUUUUAAAAUGUUGGUAGAGAGGAGUGUUCAAAAUUAAGAUGGUCUAUGAGGAAAGCUCCUAUUUGAAUCUAGGGAUCCCGCAGUCUUGAACUUAUAACCUUAAGGUGAUCAUAAUGAACCCUUGGUUUUGAUGUGUUCUAAUGUUCUUUAUUGAAAAGGAUGUGAAAAAUAUACCCUAAGAUUUGAACAAGCAUAGUCCAUUUUUCUAAGAGAAAAUUCAGUCAAAUGUACUUGUAUUAACUGUGUACACAGUGACUCAGGGGUUCUUACAGUGGAUGCAAAGACAAAAUGGAAUGUUAGUUGGAAGAUGGGGAGGUUGGUACCCCCAUUUUCAGUGUCUGUUCUUGAUCCAGACUCAAAAUGAAGCCUUGAGGGUGAAUAGGACGAGGUAUAUAUUAUUACAGAAUGGUUACACAGGAUUAUCAAGAAUGAUCAUUAUUUUACCAUGUCAUGUUUAGAGCUAAUGAGUCAUGCAGCCCACCAUUCACAGCUUGGGAGGCUCAUAUUACCAAGGAAAGGUGGUGAAGGCUAGUGGUUGAAGUCAUCGCUCAUCACGCUGAAGAUCUGGGUUCAUCCUCACAUGAGUAUAAUGUGUGAAGCCUGUUUCUGGUGUUGCCCGCCAUAAUAUUGAUAAAUAUUGCAAACAGUGGCGUAAAACCUUAUUCAUUCACUAUUUAUUGUUAUCGGAACUAGACUCACUGAGAUGCAAGUUUAGCAUUCAUCAUCUGUACAGUACCCAAUCUCAACAGAACCUUAUUUACAUAUUUUUUAAAGAUCAUGUCUUUCCGUCCAGUCUCCAGAAAUAUUUGGCUCUCUUCGUAUAAAUAUAUCUUGGAUUUACUAUACAGUGGUCACAACAGCGCUUAUUGGUGAGUAGAUCAUCUGUAUCAUGGCGCAAGUGGUUACUCGUGGAUGUGUGUAUAGAUCUGUGGCUGCUUGUACAUGUGAUCGUAAAUUUACCAUUGUAACUCCCAUACUUAACAUAGACUUACGAUAAUUGUGCUAAGAGUGCUUUUGCAAGUAGUCUCAGGGAUAUGUUCACACAGAAGUUGUUCAAUCUCUGCCAGUUUCUAGAAACAAUUGUAUGAAUGGUGUGUCUUGGAUCUUGGAGCUACUUGAUUACAACAGGUCUUAUUUGUUAGACCAUCGGUACAAUUCAGAAAUGUAAAGAUCAUGAAAAUAUUUAUACAAGAAGUGGUUCAGUCACUCCGUCCAGUUAGAAGAAUAUGUUGGCAGUUUGCAUACUGUGUCAUGCAUUUACAAUACCAUGGUUACCACAAGGGCUGCGAUGAAUGCACCAGGAGGCGAAUAUGAUACAUAUCACGAAUAUUGGGUAAUGAGCAUGAAUAUUUAGCUGUGAAUGCAAAAACAUGUCAGCAGUUUUUGUAUGAUAAUAUUCAGCGAAACAAUUCUCUGAUAUGUUUUGACCAUAUUGACUGUUAAUUUAUGACAAUGACCAGUGUAUCCUCCUUGGAUAUGUUCCAUUUUGCAUAUCUUACUUUGAUCAAUAACAGUUACAUUUUAAGGAAAAACACUCUUUUAAAAAAUUCAUGAAUAUUCUUUUCUAGUGAUGGCAGACAGGGGUGGAAAUAACUUUAAAAUUGCGAGUGUACUCUGGU